AUGACCGUGGCUCCCGAGGGUACGACUGCUCCUGUGCACACACCCGCCCCCGAAGCCUCCGACGCUCCUGCGGAUGAGACGACGGCACCUGAAGAGACGACAGCACCGGAAGAGGAGACAACGGCACCUGAAGAGACGACAGCACCGGAAGACGAAACAACGGCACCGGUAGAGACGACAGCACCGGAAGAGACGACAGCACCGGAAGACGAAACAACGGCACCUGAAGAGACGACAGCUCCGGAAGAGGAGACAACGGCACCUGAAGAGACGACAGCUCCGGAAGAGGAGACAACGGCCCCGCCAGAGAUGACGGCACCGUAG